ACAUGAAUGGUGAGUUAAAGCAUCCUCAAAAAUGGAGAGUUCUAUAUAGUAGGUCUAGAUCAUAUCCACUCUCUUAGUUAGAUUAGUGUGACGCAAACUUUCCAUAUUGCGAAACUGGUUAGACUACAUAGCACCAGUUUUUAGGCUUCCAUCUAACCUUUUUGUGCACAUCCAGCCAUCAAAUUUCUGUCAAGAUGGAGUCUAUUACCCUUGAGGAGCUCCAUACUUUUCAUGCCAUCGACCGUGAUAUAUUCUCUCGAUUGUUAUUAACAUUUCAGAGAGAUAUAGCUGAAUCUCUACUAGUCAUGGCAACGUGGUUGUGGCUAGAAGAGAAGGGUUAUCCUAACAUAAUUGUGAAAAUGGCAAGGCUACCAGAUCCUCUGGUGGAUGCACUAGCUGAUGAGGCUGCCUUAUGUUUGAGUGUCCUAGGAUCCACCAACCCUUCCAUCCCUCCUAAUGGUGGCCUCCCCCUCCACACAAGAGUCAUGGAGAAAAACAUCACAUUGCAUUUUUUCCUCCUGAACAAGUUCACUGCAAUAAGUGGGAUAAAAAAUUUUCUCAACACUAUCUGUUCUCGGAUUUUCACUGAUAUCUUGCAGCGCGUGCUGGGAAGCCCAUCACAGGUGACUCCUAACAACGCUCUUAAUGUUCCUGGUUUUCCUCACCCUUUGUUUGGUUCUGUGACCAUUAUGCCUAGGGCCAUAAGCAAUGAUUUUCCAGCUGGAGGACUAUGGGGUUGGCACCCUUCUAACAAUAUAACUGAGGAUGAUAGGACCAUGUUCCUGACUUUCUCGCGGGGAUUUCCAGUGACAGAAGAUGAAGUGAAGGAGCUUUUCAUCAGGAUACAUGGUGAAUGUGUUGAAAGUGUCCAUAUGCAGGAAAAUGUCCCCUCGAAUGAACAACCGUUGUAUGCUAGGUUGGUUCUGCUUUCUGUCACAAAUGUCGAUCAGAUUCUCAGUGGAAGGCGCGUAGCAAAGUUUCGGAUCAAUGGCAAACACAUCUGGGCGAGGAAGUAUGAGCGCAGGGAAUAAACUCCCCUUAACAAGCCAGAUGCCAGUAUUUUUCAGUUCUGCUAUGUCAUGUGUCCUUUGAUAAGGAAAACUAAGACAAAUAUGGAGGUUUUAGCUUUGGUUUUACCUCAUUCUUGAUGGGGUUUGUUGUCAUACACAGAUCCAUAAAACCAUUCCAAUUAUGUAUUGCUUUAUGGACUUACAGAUUUCUUUUCUCUAGUGUUAUAUUUCCCUAUAAUGUCUAUGGUGGUUAAUAUGGUGGCUCUUGGAAGCCACUGAAAGCGCCGGCUUUCUGUUUCUGCAAAUGGAUGGCUAGCUGCUAAGAUCAUGUUCCUCCUGAGCCAUUUCAGAAAUAUUAGAUUCUUACCUUAUGAAUUCCAAUUCAAUGCUUGAACUUGAAAGAUCUAAAAAAUGUUCUUUUUUUACUUUUUCUAUGUACAUUGAGAUAAUGCCAUUUUCCUUUUUUAAUAAUCAUACUUUUAUUAU